AGGUACUGUUUAUUUGUAGAGAGGAUAUUGCGUCGCAGUUGUUAUACACCCUUAUGACAAAAUUGUGUGACUAAAACUUACUAAACGUAUUGGAUACAAAUAAUAAAGAUGCUGCAACGUCGUGGUUGGCUCGGAGGACCAAAGCCACCCAAAAAUCCGCAUUCUUUGGAACAUCUCAAAUACCUUCAUCAUGUUUUGACCAAAAAUCAGACUGUAACAGAAAGUAACAAAUCUUUAAUUGUUGAAGCUCUUCGAUCGAUGGCAGAAAUCCUGAUCUGGGGAGAUCAAAAUGAUAGUUCAGUAUUUGAGUUUUACUUGGAAAAGAAUAUGUUCCUGUUUUUUCUGAACAUUCUGGAGCAAAAUUCUGGCAACUAUGUGUGUGUGCAACUACUUCAAACCCUAAAUAUACUUUUUGAAAAUCUUCAGCAUGAAACUUCUUUGUGUAAGUAGUUCUAUAUGCAUGUUACAUU